GUCAGCGCAGGCCGGAGCGGCGGAGGGACAGUCGGAGAGCGGGGCUGUGGGUGGUGAGAAGCGGACUCUGUUUGAGGGUCACUAGUAGGGGACUCCUGAGGUCCUGUCCCCAGGCUGCAGUGACUUGGGCUUUCACUGGAGCAGAACGUGCUGGAAGGCAGACGGCCACCAUGUCCACAUUCAGGCAGGAAGAUGUAGAAGACCAUUAUGAGAUGGGGGAGGAAUUGGGCAGUGGCCAGUUUGCGAUUGUGCGGAAAUGCCGGCAGAAGGGCACUGGGAAGGAAUACGCUGCCAAGUUCAUCAAGAAGCGCCGCCUGUCAUCCAGCCGGCGGGGAGUCAGCCGGGAGGAGAUCGAGCGGGAGGUGAACAUCCUGCGGGAGAUCAGGCACCCCAACAUAAUCACACUGCACGACAUCUUUGAGAACAAGACUGAUGUGGUGCUCAUCCUGGAGCUCGUCUCAGGAGGGGAGCUCUUUGAUUUCCUGGCUGAGAAGGAGUCACUGACAGAGGAUGAGGCCACUCAGUUCCUUAAGCAGAUCUUGGAUGGAGUCCACUACCUGCACUCCAAGCGCAUCGCCCACUUUGACCUCAAGCCAGAAAACAUCAUGCUCCUGGACAAGAAUGUGCCCAAUCCGCGGAUUAAGCUCAUUGACUUUGGCAUUGCUCAUAAGAUUGAAGCUGGGAACGAGUUCAAGAACAUCUUUGGCACCCCAGAGUUUGUAGCUCCCGAGAUUGUCAACUAUGAACCCCUGGGACUGGAGGCGGACAUGUGGAGCAUUGGCGUCAUCACCUACAUCCUUUUGAGUGGCGCAUCCCCAUUCCUGGGUGAGACCAAGCAAGAGACCCUGACCAACAUCUCUGCUGUGAACUAUGACUUCGACGAGGAGUACUUUAGUAACACCAGCGAGCUAGCCAAGGACUUUAUCCGCCGGCUGCUUGUCAAGGACCCCAAGAGGAGAAUGACCAUCUCCCAGAGCCUGGAGCAUUCCUGGAUCAAGGCGAUCCGGCGGCGGAAUGUGCGGCGAGAAGAUAGCGGCCGGAAGCCGGAGCGGCGGCGCCUGAAGACGGCCCGUCUCAAGGAGUACACCAUCAAGUCACACUCAAGCAUGCCCCCCAACAAUACCUACAUCAACUUCGAGCGUUUCUCCAAGGUGCUGGAGGAGGUGGCAGCGGCUGAGGAGGGCCUGCGCGGGCUGGAGCACAGCCGGCGGCAAUUCCACGAGGACAUUGAGGCGCUGACAGCCAUCUAUGAGGAGAAGGAGGCCUGGUACAGGGAAGAGAAUGAAAGCAUUGGCCAGGACCUCCGACGGCUGCGGCAGGAGCUGCACAAGACCGAGGCGCUCCAACGGCAGGCCCAGGAGGAGGCCAAGGGCGCCCUGCUGGGGGCCAGCGGGCUCAAGCGCCGCUUUAGCCGCCUUGAGAAUCGCUAUGAGGCCCUGGCUAAACAGGUGGCUUCUGAGAUGCGCUUUGUGCAGGAUCUAGUGCGUGCCCUGGAGCAGGAGAAGCUACAGGGGAUGGAAUGCGGCCUCCGCUAGGGCCGCGCAGGGUGGGUUGGCCCAGAGGGUUCUGGUGGGAGUGUCCCCUUGACAACCCUGGGGCCAGGCCCCUCUGUCACCCUUACCUGGUCCUAGAGAGUCCGGACCGGGGCUGAGGUGGGAAGAGGCUGGGCUGGGAUAUGUUUCAUGGAACCCAGGGAUUCAUUGCCGAGGGGAGGGGCUUGGUGGGACCUGGGCCUCCUGUACACAGCCUGUCUUCCCUCUGGCUUAGCCUCCCUGGCUCUCUCAUUCUCAAAACAAUGGUGACUGGUGGUGGGGGAGGGGGGUGUGCUUCUGGGGUCGUGUUACCUCCGGAACUCUGUGAACUCUGCAAGGGGUUGGUACCUCCAAGAUGGAACUGGUCACGCUGGACACAGAUUCUUCAUGCCUGGCCCUGUGGCACGGUGGCAGCCUUCAUGUCCUGGGUCGGGGGCUGAAAGGCAGUCAGAGAACUUGGAGCAGGGCCUGGGCAGCACUUUCAGGCCCUCCCUGCCCAUCCAAGCACACACAGCCUCAAUGAGGGUUUUUAAGGCCCCUGCAUGCCCCAGGGCUUGGAAUUGGAGGGGCCUCUGCUGGACACACUGGCCCGCCCUCUUCCAGAGAUAGGAGGUAACUCCUCCAGGUCAGUGGUGGAAAGGGCUUCUGAACCCUGCUCUCCCCAGUUCUUUGCUAGGGCACCCCAGGCCCUGACCUGGGCACCAUGACCAGAGGCAUGGAGGUGACCCAGUCCUCAAG